AUAAGUGUGUGAAUGUUUUGAUUGUACUCUGCUGUCAUCUCAACCAGGGUGUGUCCCCGGCUCGUGCUUAUAGCGUUCUCCGCAUCUACCACAACCCUGACCGGGAUAAAGCACUUACUGAAGUUAAAUGAAGAAGAAGAAGAAUUCAGUGUGAGUCAGAACCUCGUCUGCCCUGAUGACUGCGUCGGUGCUGUUAUCUGGUAUGUGAGUUUGACGCAUCACAUAUCACAGCUUGUUGACCAUCAUCCCAGAAUAAACACCUUCACUUCAACCCAAGCUUUUAUAAUGAAGGAAAUCUGAAAGUUUUAUGGAUGUAUAAAACAUGAAUCAUAUCCAGCGACCAUUACGAGAAGACGGAUCUGCUCGGGAACCUGAUGCCGCCACAAUGCAGCGCUACUUUGAGAGAAAACUGUGAGAAACACACACAAUCACACUAUCUUUAUUCCAGACCAGAGUGUCCUGUCCUGCCCUCUGAUCCGCAGUAAUAACGGAAACAACACUCAAACCUUCUCUAGGGACAGUUCCGAUGUAUCUGUACCCCGUUAAAAAAACAGGACCCUGACAUUUCCAGCAUACCGGACUAAUCUCAGGCAGCUGCUAUCUCUGAGCAGGAAGUGCUCUGGGCCCGGUGCCGCGUUUAGGGGACUCUGGUAUCAGCAGGGGCGCAAACAUAGACGACAGGGAACAGGGCAACGAAGACAGAACUCAUUUAGGGGUCCAGAACGAUCAUGGUCCCCCGAGAGUCCAGAUUUAAAGAAUGCCGCUGUUGUGAUCUCCAGUAAAGACAUCAAGACAUGGGGACGUCACUGUACAAAUCUCUGCUCCUCAACACCAGCGGGUUCAGCGUGUCCGACUACAUCCGCAAGUUCACGAAAAAUACAUCAGAUGGUGAUGCCACAAAGGCCAAAAGCUCUUUCUGUCACACAGGAACUCAGGCUCCGGAGGAACUUAAUGAGCAACCUGCAGUCCCACACAAGCAUCAAGAACAUAAAGUCAACUCUCCAGCCCUUGGUUCCUUUCCAGCUUUAACAGGAGAAGUUCCGACUCCUAAAUCCCAGCGCAGACCAAAGGAGGUGACGCUGAAGAGCAGAGAGCCGGGCCGAGUUCAGGCCUUCGCUCCCGAGAGCCCGAGCGAGCCCGAAGCGCUCGAAGUCAGCAAAGAUGAUAAAGUCUUGCCCGCAGAGAGCAUCUCCGUGACUGCAGCUUCUCAGCUCGAGAGCAAAACCCCAGAAACAGAAACCCCAGGAACACCUGAGUGCACAGAUGUUUCUGCAGCUGCCGUCCUGCCCUCCGUGGACUCUUUGAUUAAAAGACAGGAGCCGAAGCAAAAGACGGAACGUGAGCAAAAAACUAAAGACGUCCCUGAAGCCGAGCCGUGUCACGACGCAAAGCCCAACCUGCCAAUCACGGAGAACUUGGAACAGAAGGAGACCGUUGCUCUGGAAACUCCACAGCCGACAGAAGCUGAGCGUGAACCCAAACCCGUACGGCUCACCCAGGAAACCGGCACUGAGACUGCAGAUGUGGUUCUGGAAAAGCCUAAAACGCCCCAGAACAUAUCCGAGCCUUCAAAACGUGAUGAAGGGGCGAGUUCUGCACCACAGAGUGAAGAUCCUUCGAAAUCUGCAGGCCUGGAUUUACAGUUUCCUAUCAUUGACGAUUGCCCUCCUCGACCUGCCCCGUUCGAGCACCGCAUCGUCAGCGCCAAGCAGGUUCCCAUCGGCUCCUAUUACACAGUGGAACCCAACGAGUUGCUGGGAGGGGGGCGUUUCGGCCAGGUUCAUAAGUGUGCUGAGCGCUCUUCAGGCCUCACUCUGGCUGCCAAGAUGAUAAAAGUGAAGGGGUUGAAAGAAAGGGAGGAGGUGAAGAAUGAGAUCGGGAUGAUGAAUCAGUUAAAUCACGUAAACCUCAUUCAGCUGUAUGACGCGUUCGAGUGCCGGACCAAUCUCACCCUUAUAAUGGAGUAUGUGGAGGGCGGCGAGCUGUUCGACCGCAUCGUGAACGAAGAUUACCAGCUGACGGAGCUGGACGCCAUCGUGUUCAUGCGGCAGAUCUGCGAGGGAGUGCAGUACCUCCAUCAGCAGUACAUCCUGCACCUGGACCUGAAGCCUGAAAAUAUACUGUGUGUCAGCAGCACCAGCAACCAAAUCAAGAUAAUUGAUUUUGGACUUGCUAGAAAAUAUCGACCCAGAGAAAAGCUGAAGGUCAACUUUGGGACUCCUGAGUUUUUGGCACCUGAAGUGGUGAAUUAUGACUUUGUGUCAUUCCCUACAGACAUGUGGAGCGUUGGUGUCAUCACUUACAUGCUUUUAAGUGGCUUGUCACCUUUCCUGGGUGAAAACGACGCCGAGACGAUGAACAACAUCCUUCACGCCAACUGGGACUUUGACGCGGAGGCGUUUGAGAACGUGUCUGAAGAAGCGAAAGACUUCAUCUCUAAAUUACUCAUCCCUGCAAAAUGCAGUCGACUGAGCGCCUCAGGCUGUAUGAAACACAGCUGGCUGAAUAAUCUGGAGGAAAAAGCAAAGCAACACCGAGUUCGUCUCAAAUCCCAGAUGAGACUGCAGCGUUACCUAGCAGCUCAUCGACAGUGGAAGAAACACUUCCACGCGGUGACGGCAGCCAACCGGCUCAAGAGGUUCCAGAAGAGCAGAUCGAGCAACACGCUGUGAUUCUUACAGGAAAUACAGGCCCGGGGAGGAAAAGAUGGACAUUCCUUUCUUCUUCACGCUCGUAUGGGCUUCACCGAGCUUCGAGUCCAGUGGAGAAGUGCGCGUGAAGAUGACUGGGUAACGAACGUGGUACAGAUCAGCGCCAUGUUGAGUGUUUAUUUCAAUUUUUAUUUUAUCGUAGUUAGCCGAAGGAGCAGCAGCCGAUUGAAAAAUGACAUUUUUAUUGUAGCGAUAAAUGUUUCAAUGCUCACUUUAUUUAUUAGUUGUUUGAUGUACUGUUUUAAACACAACCAAAAAUAAUUGCCACAGAUUUACCUGCCGUGAGUGUAAAGUCGCUGCUGUACAUGUCGCGCACUCGCACGGAAAACUAAUUCUCCCUUCUGUGAAGGCGGUGUUUUUUCUUUCUCUUUUCUUCUGUAAUUAACCUUUUACUUUUUUUUUUGUUUUUCUUCCUGUUUCUUGCCUCUUGUGAUACACUUGUUCAGUUAUGCAAUAAACUCAUGUGAACACUUCUGGCA